CGGAUUACACCGAUGGUUCUGAUGUCCUGAAUCAUUUUACCCAGGUAGUGUGGAAGUCAACUACGGAGCUAGGAUGUGCACGAAACACAGCCUGUAAUGAUGUCUUCGACACUGGGGGUUCACAGACGCUCAUAGCCUGUUUGUACAACCCGCCUGGUAAUGUUAUCGGCGAGGCUACGGACAAUGUCCAAGUUUGAUGCUCCAUAUGAUCAGCGCCCGGCCGUG